AUGGCCGAAGAAAGAAUUUCGCCGAAGCAUGAUAUGAGCUUCAUGGGCUCUUGGCUCAUAUAUGGCGCACUGGCAAUCGGCAUGGGUUCAGCUGUCGCUAUGCUUCUCAAUCAUUCAUACCACACAGAAACUAUUCCUGCUUUGUACUUGUACAGAAACGGCGCAGAAUCUAGUUUUUGCCCGCAAGUACCGAAGCUGUCGCCUGAGAACAAACAAAUCGAACAAUAUGUUUGGGACAAAGUCAACUCGCCCUUUUAUCAAGAAGAGAUGAUCCAAAAACUCUCUGGGAUCAUUCGAAUCCCAUCGGAAAGCUUUGACAACUUGGGUUCUAUUGGGGAGGACACGAGGUGGGAAAUAUUCUUCCAAGUGGAAAACUAUCUUAAAACAAUGUAUCCGGCAGUUUUUCAAAAUGUGAAACUUGAUCAUGCCAACACGCACGGAUUAAUCUUGACCUGGAAUGGGAGUAUUGCACCAUCUGAGGCUAAACCAAUUUUAAUGCUUGCACACCAAGACGUGGUGCCAGUACUUGCAGAGAAUGUCAAAGAUUGGACCCAUCCACCUUACGAUGGUCAUUAUGACGGAGAAAUCAUCUGGGGUCGUGGUGCCACUGAUGAUAAAGGUUACUUGAUUUCAAUAAUUGAGAGCUUAGAUCUUCUGAUUCAAAGUGGGUUUCGACCAAAAAGAACGAUCAUUCUGGCUUUUGGAUGUGACGAAGAAAUCAGCGGUGAAAAUUGUGGGAGACCCAUCGCAAAUUUCCUUUAUGAGGAAUAUGGAGAUGACGGAAUUUAUCUCAUUAUGGAUGAGGGAGCCACAGGCAUUCAAAGAGAAUAUGGCCAGUCUUUUGCCAUGGUUGGUGUUUCCGAAAAAGGCUACUUGGAUGUCGGCAUCAACGUUUCGUCGACCGGAGGCCAUGCCAGCAACCCCCUGAUCAUAAUGUCAUUGUGUGGCGCGAUUCAUGCACCUGAGUCAAGCUUCUCAGAAGCGAUGCGUCAUAAAUUAGGCAAAGUCGCUCAAAAUGACAGCAUUAGUCAGAUGCAGCUCGCACAAGAUUUUGAUGAUCUGAAAUACUUUUUUACCACCACUCAGUCUGUUGGAAAGAUCAAUGGCGGCGUGAAGAUUAAUGCUAUCCCUGAAACAGCGUCAGUUAUGGUCAAUUUACGUCUGGCCGUGGAAAGUUCUAUUGCCGACAUCAAGAGACACUAUGAAUUACUUGUCCGCCCAAUUGCCGAAAGACAUGGAAUCAUGUUUGCUGGGUUUGAUGCGCCGUGCGAGUCUUCAUUGAAACGAGGAAUUUGCCUAUAUGGAAUCGAUGCUUUGGAGCCAGCUCCAGUUUCGCCCCUUGAUGUUGAAUCCUUCCGAAUAUUGUCAGGCACCAUAAAAAAUGUCCUCAAACCCCUUCAAGGAGACAGAGAGCUAAUUGUCACACCCUAUUUGAUGCCUGCAAAUACAGACACUAAGUUCUUCUGGUCUUUGACCAGAAAUAUCUAUAGGUUCACCCCGGUGAACUUAGUGGAGAAUCUCAACAGGGCCCACACAACUGAUGAAUUUAUUCGGGCUAACGAAUUUGUCCGAGAGCCUCUAUUCUUUGUGAGCUUGAUUUUGAAUGCAGACGAUGUAGCUGGAAGAAAAGGUGAAAAUGUCGAUUGA